GGGAAAUUGAAGAAAAGUAGGGAAAAAAAAUCCAUCAUGGUGGAGCUCAGGUCAUGAGACGGUGAGCUUGUCAUGGACUUUGUUGAUGCUUUUUCUCCGCAGUUUUUGAUUCCCCACACGCCUUUUCCCCGCACGAACCGACGUAACCACGACCGGAGAUGGAGACAGAAAAAAAGUAAACAAGGAACCGUUCGUCCCAUGGCUGCGGGAGAGGGGGAGGAAUAGCGUUGGGUGAGGAGAGUUGCGUCCUAGGCAAGGUAGCAUCGUAGCAAGCGCAGAGACUCGUUCCGCCCACCUCCCGCCUCGUCCAUAAUCUUUUCUUGUCCAGAAACAAAACAGGAAAAAAAAAAAAGAUGAAGUUCUCCCUCGUGGCCCAGCUGGCCGCCCUCGCGGCCGGCGCGGCGGCCCAGGUCAUGGACUCGCCACGUUUUCCAGGCGGCCGGGGCGUCGCCGCCGCCGGCAGGCCUCGCCCGCGCCAGGCGUCCUCGUCGUCGGCGUCGUGGCCGUACGGGCCCUUUAGCACCAAGGGCCGCGACAUUGUCAACAGCCGCGGGGAGGUGAUGCAGUUUGCGGGGCUCAACUGGCCCAUGAGCGGCGAGACCAUGAUCCCCGAGGGCCUCGAGUUCCGCUCGGCGGCCGAGCUGCUCGACGAGGUGGCGACCGUGGGCUGGAACAUGAUCCGGUUCGGGUACGCGACGCAGAUGGUGGACGAGAUCUACGCCCGCGGCGGGCAGGACGUGCCGCUCGAGGUGGCGCUCGUGGCGGCGCUGGGCCACGCCAACGGGUCGCGCAUCACAAACGAGAUCGUGAAGCGCAACCCCAAGUGGACGCGCGAGACGACGCGCUUCCAGAUCUGGGGCGACAUCCUGGACCUGGCGGCCGAGCGCGGCAUCUACGCCAUCCCCGACGUGCACAUCCACAAGGCCAUGUGGUGCUGCAGCCACAUUGACGGCAACGCGUGGUUCGACGACGUCUACUUCAACACGUCAAACUGGAAGCGCGGCCUCGCCUACGUCGCCAACUUUGCAAAGUCGCACCCCAACGUCGUCGGCCUCUCGCUCCGCAACGAGCUGCGCGAGUCGUGGAACCGCACCGACCUCUACUACAACUGGCAGACCCUCGUCGGCAACAUGACGGCCGGCGCCGACGCCAUCCACGCCGCCAACCCGGACCUCCUCAUCACCUGGUCCGGGAUGCAGUACGACCAGGACCUGUCGGCCCUCACGGCGCGCCGCAACCUGCUCUCGGCCCCGUGCUACCGCUGCACCGCCGUCCGGGACGCCGCGCGCCGGGAACCCCUGUACUUUGACCUCGACGCCCACCCGUGGGCCGACAAGCUCGUGUGGGAGCUGCACAUGUACCACAUGAGCGAGGACCAGGACACGGGCACCUGCGAGGCCGUCGAGGCGAGCCUGUACCGCAACGGCUUCAACGCCCUGGGCAUGGACGCGCCCAAGCCCGGCUGCGACCUGCCCGGCUACGACUGCGAGCCCGCGCACCGGCAGACGCCCGUCAUCUUUAGCGAGUUCGGCUACGAGCAGAACGCGGCGACGCUGCCGCGCGACACGCUGCAGGCGUGCCUGCGCGGCUUCCUCACCAAGCACAAGGUCAACUGGAUGGUCUGGGCCCUGGCCGGCAGCUACCGCAUCCGGUCCGGCGGCCAGGGCGUCGACGACACCUGGGGCCUGACCACGUACGACUACUCGGCCUGGCGCAGCCCCGAGCUCAUCGAGAAGUGGUGGAAGCCGUGGGUCGCCGCCAUGAACGUGACCAAGAAGAACUGAGCAUGGUGGUCGGUAAUGUGUCUGCGAACCAUGAAGAAUAAUAAUGAAUCACGAUUUGCUUGCGACCCCAAUCAUCUUUGUGUGCAAAUGGCCAGUCCCAGCUGGCCGAGU